UCAAACAGAGGGACUUGGAUAAGCCUCUCUGGUUCAGGGUUUUAGGGUUUUUGAAGCGAGUAGUCCACUCACUCACUCACUCACUCACUACUUUUACAAUUCCAAAGAACCAAAACUCUCUAUCACAAGAUUGGAUUUUUAUAAUUGAAGAGAAGCAGCUAUGGCAAGUCUGAUUAUGGCCACAUCAUUCCCAGGUUCUAUAACUUCAUGUAAGAAGAUGAAUAACCUGUCUGUUCAGCGAGCCUUUAGGAUGACAUCUAUGCAGACAGAGAAACCUUUGGAGGAGCUAUACAAUGUUAAAGUGGAACGGAAAGUUUCACAGAAACGGUUGGAGGAGCUCGGUGUUUCGAGAUGGUCAGUUUGGAAGACAGGGAAAUGCAAGCUGCCAUGGGAUUGGCAGGUGGAUCAGUUGGUUUACAUUGAAGAAGGAGAGGUUCGAGUUGUUCCCGAAGGAAGCAAGAGGUAUAUGCAGUUCUUAGCUGGAGAUCUUGUUCGGUAUCCUAAAUGGUUGGAAGCGGAUCUUUUCUUUAACGCUCCUUACAGUGAACGCUAUUGUUUCAAGGCCUAUGGUGAUGAUUGAUCCCGACUUAAGACUUUUGAGUUUAGAGACAAGAAACUUUACACCUGUGUGUUGUGUUGUAGCCUGAUGGAUCUUUUUGUGAUAAUAUAAGAAAGCAAGUUCUGGUUUUGUUCUGCA